AUGCUGACACUCAAGACAGCAACAUCGUCCAUCUCCACAAGAGCGCUGCUCUAUAGCACAGCACGUCGAGGUAUCGCCACCACGGCGUUGAGGCCGUCAGGCGGGUUCAAGCGCCCAGGACCACCGCCUCUUCCACCUCAGGAGCAGAAGGAGUUCGAGAACCUCGUCAAGAAGAAGCAAAACGCAUCACCAUUCCUAGCAUCAGAUCCAGAGAAGGGAGACAUGCAUCCUGACGCACGAAGAAAGCCUCGACCCGAGUUCGACGGUGAGACUAACCCCGAUACUGGCGAGAUCGGCGGUCCUAAGAACGAUCCACUCAAGUAUGAGAAGGAGUGGACAUAUGGUGGACGAGCGACCGACUUCUGA